AUGGCGGAGCUGCACGCCCGCCUCGAGGCGCUGGAGCGGCGGCUGGAACGGGCGGAGGCGGCGCUGCGGGACGGGCCCCCCUGGGUGCUGCGGCUCCCCGCGGUGCCGGUGACUUUCGAGGACGUCGCGGUGCACUUCAGCAUGCAGGAGUGGGCGAGCCUGGAUGAUGGGCAGAAGGAGCUGUACAGGACCGUGAUGGAGAGCAACUACGAGACGCUGGUGUCCCUGUACUGUGCCCUAUCCAAGCCUGAAUUCUUAUCUUGGAUCGAAAGAGGAGAAGAGCUGUGCAUGCCGGUGGAGGCAGACCUGGAGGGAGCAGACGUGUCCCCGGAGCCAGCCGUAGAGCUGGACCGCCCGAGCUGCGCGAGCGAUGAUGGUCUGCUGGAGAUGAAGACGAAGGAGUCUUGCGAGGGGAACCGUAGGGACCCGGAGGAAAGCAGGAGGCUGGCGGUCACAGCGAACUGCAGCGCACCACACGUCCCUCGUGAAGCCACCGCUGUCCCAGCAGAUGGCAGCCAGCCGACCCCGUCCCCUUCCUGCCCUCUCUCCGCGUGCUGUCGUGAAGCGGUGAAUCUGAACUGGUCUCCGUUGCCUCCCCCCGCAGCAGCAGAUGCCGAGGUGGGGAUCCCAACGGAGGUACCGCAGGAGGAGGUCACUGCGGAGAAGCCGGCGGUGCCCGAAACGCCCUCGAACGGUCUGGAAGAGGAGGACGUGAAAGAUUCAGGGAACGGUGGCCAAGGUCUGGCAGGAGAUGUUCCCGAAGAACCGGGUAAGGAGGCGAUACCAGAUGUCUGCAGAGUGACGGCACAGGCAGAUCCCAGCUGCGCGGUCGCCGCCCCGGGAGAGCCCGUGGAGGGCUCCUGCGUGGGCCGGACUGCGGCCUGCCAGCGAAACUCCACCCGGGAGAAAUUCUACUCCUGCCCCGUGUGCAGGAAAAACUUUCUGUUGAAAAUCAACCUCGUCAUCCACCAGCGGAGCCACAGCAACUGCGUGCCCUACGUCUGCGCGCACUGCGACCGCAGCUUCAUGUCCAAGAAGAAAAUGCGACGUCACCUACGGGCCCGGGCGGCCAAGGGGUUCUGCCAGCCCUCGGAGGCGGAGGAGUGCUCCAGCCGGGCCCCGUGCCCUGCCGCCCAGCCCCGAACCCCGAGCAGGGACUGCGGCACGGUGUGGGGGAAGCCCAGCCCCACCAGAUACCCGCUGUCGCCUGGGAAAAUGAUGUACACGUGCAACGAAUGCAUGGAGAACUUCUCCAGCCAGAGCUUUCUGCUCCUGCACCAGCGACGCCACACUAACCACCACCUCAUCCUCUGUCCCUGCUGCAACAGGAGCUUCACGUGGGCCUCUGACUUUGUCCGCCACCACCGGACCCACACGGGCGAGCGGCCCUACCAGUGCGGCGUGUGCCAGAAGACUUUCAAGCGGCACUACCACCUGGUCGUGCACCAGAGGAUCCACGUCCGGCAGGAGAGGCCGUACCCCUGCAGGGACCGGCUGCCUAUGCCGGCGGCACCCGAGCCCGAGUGGGGGCCCGAGGCCUGGCAGCCGCUCCCGCCGCAGCCCCACGGCCCCGGCCCCGAGGGGGACAAGCCGCCGGCGGUGCCGGAGAUCUCGCUGUGGACGGUGGUGGCGGCGGUGCAGGCGGUGGAGAGGAAGGUGGAGUCGCAGGCCCUGAGGUUGCUGAGCCUGGAGGGGAGAGCGGAGACGGCCGAGAAGAAGGUGACGGGGCUGGAGAAGGCGGUGCUGGACUUCGGCAGCCGGCUGGAGCGCAAGUGGGCCGCCCUGGCUGCCCUGGUGCAGGAGAACACGCGGCGGCUGGAGCACGUCGAGCGCCAGCUCCAGCACCGCAGCUGCUGGGCCUCCAGGCCAGGCCCGGGCCCCGGCGGGGACGAGCCCAAGAUGCCAGCGGCGUGCGAGGAUGACGCGGCCAGUUUGCCGGAGCAGGAGUGGGGGAGCUUGGACAGCCGGCAGAAGGAGCUCUAUAGGAUUGCGAUGAAGGGGAGUUACGAGGCUGUGGUCUCUCUUGGUGAGAAGAUCGUGAUCAAGACAGAAGAGCAGCAGCCCCAGGAGGAAGGAGCUGAAACCCUGGCUCUGCCGCAGGCACCCUCGGUGAGACUGGAAGAGGAGGUUCCCCUGAGCCAGGAGCAGCCGGUGCCCUGGGAGAGCCAUGCUGGCUUGGACGAGCAGAAGGCAGCAGGACAGGGCUUAGGGGAGUUCUGCAAACACGGGACCGCCCAGCCCGAAUUUAAGCCCGUGGUGGUGCCGGUGGAAGCUCACCCUGCCCCGGGCUUGCCCUUCCCGACAGAGCACGUGCUCGGCAUGGGGACUGACCAGCCGUUCGCCCUGCCCCAGGGAGUGCCGCUGGGAGAAGACACCGCCGCAGAGGUGGCCUCGUUGCAGCCCAGCUCGGAGGAGCAUCGUCCCUGCGCCGCGGGGGAAGAGCCCCGCACGCUCCCGCUGGGCUGGAAGAGCGUCCGGCUGAAGCGCAACCUCCUGGCGCGGCAGCAGAGCCAGGCGAGGAAGAGCAACGGCUCGUUCAUCUGCACAGCCUGCGGGAAGAGCCUGGCCCACCACGCCGCGCUGCUGCGGCACCAGCGCCUGCACACCGGCGAGCGUCCCUUCCAGUGCCCUGCCUGCGGGAAGAGCUUCAACGAGAAGUCCAACCUCAACAAGCACUACCGCAUCCACACCGGGGAGCGUCCCUACUGCUGCCCCGCCUGCGGCAAGGGCUUCAUCCAGAAGCACCACCUCCAGAAGCACCAGCGCAUCCACGGGGUGCAGCUGCGGGGCGGGUGGGCAGGCCGGCCCGCGCGGGCCAGUGCCGCCGGGGAGCGGCUCUACCGCUGCAUCGAGUGCACGGAGAGCUUCCCCCAGAAAGCGUCGCUGGAGGAGCACCAGCGCCGGCACACCCAGCAGCGGCCCUUCCAGUGCAACGGCUGCAGCAAGAGUUUCCGGCACCGGCAGUCUCUGAACCACCACCAGAAGGUCCACGCCGUUGCCAGCUCUCCUGCUGUCAGCUUGCCGAACCAUGACCGGGAGCUGGAGACCAGCCCCUGCAAGGCUUUGACCCAGGAUAAUCGGUAGCGUGAGGGCUGGAGAAGGGAAGGGGCAGCGUUUCUCCAGGCUGCUCCGCAGAGAUGCAGCAGCCUGCGACGACGGGACACACCAGGCAGCUGGUGUCGCACCGCCGCGGGGCUGGUCGCACCGCCGCGGGGCUGUCCACAACACUGCGGGGCUCGUGGCACCGCCGCGGGGCUCUCUGCAUUGCCGUGGGGCUCUGCACCGCCUCAGUCUCCAGGAAGAGGAGGACGGAGGCAGGCUGAUGUGCUGUGCGGGCAGGGAAAUGCACAGAGGGCGAAGAAACUGGCCCAAGAGGCAGCGGAGGAGGUUCGGCGGCCGGAGCCGAGACGGGUUGUGCCGCUGCCCCGUGGAAGGGGGAUUCAGCUGAGGAGCAGCUGUGUCGGGUACCGCAGAGCGGGGAGUGGAGCGGUCAAACUCAGGGUUAUUUAAACACCACCAGCGUGGAGGUGGCGUGGGGGCGUUUGGUGGCCCGGGUAGGGGCUGUUGUGGCUGGGCAGCGGGCAGGGUCAUCGGACGAGCCGGGAAGAGACUCGCAUAAAAGA